CCCCUGGCGUUUGCAUCCAAAUCUCCCCUCGCGGUAUUGACCAUGGCGAGGGCCAGACGCGCGGCUUUGCUCACGCUGCUCCUGGUCUGCGCGGCGUUGGUCGCGGGAGCCGCUGCUGCGGCCGGGGCGGGCAAGGGCAAGGACGGGCCGGGCCGCGUGGAGGCGCCGCUGUGCCGGGAUCUGACGACGCGGGGCGAGUGCACUGCGAGCGGCGCGGGGAGCAGGUGCCGGUGGUGCCGCAGCGAGGAGCUCGACGACAUGUGCUUCGGAGCCGCCGAGGCGUGGCGCCUCCCGCGCCAGGUCUUCUCCUGUGACCCGCCGGCCGCCGCCGCCCACGGCCACACCCGGAAGUAAUGCCGCCGCCGCUCUGCUCUGAUCUGCUCCCAUCUUGUUCGGUAUCGCUCCAUCUGACUUUUGCUGUCUCUAGGCUUCCGUUGUUUCUCUUUCUAUCUUUGCUGGAUCUGAGAUUCUAAGAUAGCGUGUUUCCUGCUGUUGUAUGAUUAGUUCAUGGUUCGGUCUUGUGCAUUCUACUGUAAAAUCUGGUUAAAAUCUAAUCAGAGCGUGGCAACUCGUGCUCCCAAUUCCCAAAGUGGAAUGACCUGUCAUUGGAAUCAGUUGCUCGCGAGGCUGCCAUCUUGAUUCUUUUAGUAGCGAACUGUGAUGAUGAACACGUGAAUUGACCUUCGUACCAUUCCGUAUUUCCGUUAGCCCGGAACUUUGUAUAGAACC